AUGCGGAAGACCAUCUGGGCCCUCCUGGGCCUGGGUGUGUUGCCCCAGUCUCUAGCGGCCGAUACCCUGAGUACCAAGGGUUUCAAUCUGUGCAUGACCGAUUCCGACAUCAAGGUCACCAAUCUCGAUGUCGUCUACACUCGUUCUACCAAGGAAGUCGUCUUCGAUGUGGCUGGUACCAACUCGAAGCGACAGAAUGUCACCGCCUCUUUGACGGUGACUGCCUAUGGCAAUCAAAUCUACAGCAAGACUUUUGACCCGUGUGGCGACGAGGUCCACGUUGAUAAGCUUUGCCCCGUCCCCUCUGGCUCCUUCUCGGCCCAAGGAAGCAUCGUUGUCCCGGAAAACUACGCCAGCCAGAUCCCUUCUAUCGCCUUCAACAUCCCCGAUCUGGACGGACAGGCCAAGUUGACACUAACGUCCAAGGACACCGAUGAGGACGUGGCAUGCGUCGAGUCCGAGCUGUCUAAUGGAAAGUCCACGAGUAUUAAGGCUGUGGCCUGGGCCUCAGCCGGUAUCGCGGCGGGCGCUCUUGCGCUGAGCGGUAUCUCUGCACUCGGUGCAGCCGGUCAUCCCGGCGCCCACUCCUCUAGCCCGGGCUUCGGUGAUGUGAUGGGUUGGUUCCACAGCAUGGCCACCAACGGCAUGCUGAGUGUCGCCUACCCUACCGUCUACACCAGCUUCACCAAGAACUUCGCCUGGAGCACCGGUUUGAUUUCAUGGGGAGGCAUGCAGAACUCGAUUGAUUCUUUCCGACGAGCCACCGGCGGCAAUUUGACCCAAGAUAACUAUGUCUACCUGACCAGCUUGAGUGACUCGUCAUCAAACGGCAGCUCGUCGACCAAGCGGAGCUUGAACUUGAUGCUCCGUGCUGUCGACCUCGUGCCCCGCUCCAUGGAUUUGUCCGAUUCGAGCUCUUCAAACGGCUCUUCAAGCAGUGGCAGUAGCAGUCUCUUCUCGGUUUCCGGGAUCAAGAGCGCUGCAGAGGAGGCCAUGAUUCCUUCCGCCAAUGUCUUUAUGACCGUUCUCCUGGUUUUCGCCAUUGUCGUCGCCGUUAUCGUUGUCGGCAUUCUCCUUCUGAAGAUUAUCCUGGAAACAUGGGCAUUGUACGGCAAUUUCCCCAAGAAGUUGUCCAAUUUCCGCAAGGACUACUGGGGUAUUAUGGCUCGCACCAUCACCAACAUGAUUCUCGUUUUGUACAGUAUCUGGGUGCUGUACUGUAUCUACCAGCUCCGAAAUGGUGAUUCAUGGGCAGCCAAGCUGUUGGCUGCGGUGACUCUCGUUGUUUUCACGGCCGUUUUGGCCUUCUUUGGGUGGCGCAUUAUCCACAUGGCCCGCAAGUACAAGAAGGCCGAGGGUGAUGCCACUUCUCUCUACGACAACAAGGACACCUGGCGCAAGUACAGUCUGUUCUAUGACAACUACAAGAAAGACUUCUGGUGGCUGUUUGUGCCGAUCAUCGUGUAUGCUCUGGCCAAGGGCUGUAUCAUUGCCGGUGCCCAAGGUCACGGUCUGGCUCAAAGCGCCGGCCAAUUGGUUGUUGAAGCUCUUCUAUUGAUCCUCCUCCUGUGGAACCGUCCCUACGCCACCAAAUCGUCCAUGGGCAUCAACAUCACCAUCCAGAUCGUGCGGGUUCUGUCAAUUGCCUGUGUGUUGGUCUUUGUGGAGGAGCUGGGACUCUCCCAAACCACCAAGACCGUGACUGGUAUCGUCCUCAUUGUCCUCCAGUCUACUCUGACUGGUGUGCUCGCAAUUCUCAUUGCCGUCAAUGCCGUCAUCACUUGCAUUCGCGAGAAUCCUCACGCCAAGCGGAGAAAGGAAGCCGAGAAAAACAACCGUGACCUCGACGACCUCACCCCCUUGGAUGCACGAGAAUCUCUCUUGAUCGAGCACCCUCAAAAGAGGGACUUCACCGAGAUGAGCAAGUUCAACUUCACUGGGCCCUACGAACCCUAUCGGGACCUACCUCACCGAUCCAAUUCCACAGGCAGCAACGAACGUCUGGUGUAUGCCGACUACGGUGUAGCACACACCCGCAACUCGAGCCAACAAUCCCGACACAGUGGUCGCCGCAGCCCAUCGCUCGAAGGCCGUCAACCGACCAAGCCCGGCUACGGCAUGGCGUACUAG